UCCCACGUCUCACACACAUCUGAAUUCCUAUAAAUACUAAACAGGUGGGCAUGUUUAGUGAACAAUUCUGAGGAUGGAGGAGAGUGUACGGAGCAGGGUCAUGCACAAGCUGCAGGUCAUAACUGAGAUGGGCUACCAGCAGCAUCCGGGCCCAGAGAACAUUUUCCUUGCUGCACUGGAGACAGGAAACCUCAACCUUGUCCAGCUGCUGGGAGACAGACAUGCAAAUUGUGUUCUGAGCAUCAGAGGAGAGGAGAUGGGGUACCAAUCUCAGACACCUGCAAGGUUUGGCCUCACAGGUUUGUGGACCCUGGAGUAUACCCAAGAACUAACAUCUCCCUUGUGUAUCACUUGCUCCCGUGGUUAUGCUGAGUGCGUACGAUACCUUUUGCACAGGCGAGCAGAUCCCAAUGCUGCCCCUGGAGGGCGCUCUCCUCUUCAUGAAGCUUGUGCUGCAGGACAUGAUGACUGUGUUCAACUACUACUGGAGUAUGGUGCCAACCCCAACAAACGCAGUGAUGCUGGGCAGACUCCUCUACAUCUAUGUCAGAUAAACACCUCUUUAAGGUGUGCAGAAUUACUCUUGCAAUAUGGAGCCCUUGUGAAUGAGAUCACAGACACAACACAAGAUUCCGCACUGCACAUUGCAGCAAGACUUGGGCUUUUGGAUCAUGUUGAUCUGUAUAUACGUCGUGGAGCACUUAUCAAUUCCAGAAAUGGCGAGGGUGAGACUCCCUUGAUUGCAGCAUGCACGGACAAUGGUGGUGAAGAGGAAAGCCGUCUUGAGAUAUGCCGACUUCUAUUAAAGAAAGGUGCAGACCCAGAGGCUCAGGACCAGCAAGAACGGAGACCCUUACAUCAUGCAUGCCGAAAAGCUGAAAACCGCCUGGUAGAGUUACUGCUAGCUGCCAGGGUGGAUGUGAAUGCUGCUGAUUAUAACGGAGUCCAACCACUUAGUUGUGUCCUGCAAAAUGCAGAAAUCUACAGGCAGAAGAAGACUCAUCUUUCUGUAUGUGCCCUGCUCAAUCACGGUGCCAGAUGUGUCUAUCCAGAAGCUUUUGGGAAGGUGCUGCAAUGCUGUUCUGGACUCCCCGAUGUCAUUUCUCUGCUCUACAAUUCAUACUUAAGCCUACGAAUCUACAGCAAAUGGAGAAAGGACAUUCCAGAUGAUGUCCUCCAGACGCACCGCGCCUUCUACACAGCGUUCUUCAAUCUGUCUGGAAGCGUCCGCUCCCUGCAGCACUUGUGCCGAUUUACUCUGCGAAAACAUUUUGGCAGUCAGUGUUACCUUUUUAUUCCUUUAUUACCGGUCCCACCAGUCAUAAAAGACUAUCUGCUGCUUAUCACCGAGCAGAGUGGCUGCCUGCUCUAAUUUAUCAUACAUUUCUACUUUUAUACUUCUUUUUUAAGAUCUUCGGUUUCCUGCUUCUAAAAUUUUUACAUUAAUUUUUAAAUGUUAUACAGGGGAAAUAAAAACAGUAAGGGCUCAUUGCCCUCAGUGAGGAGGCAAUAUGUUGCCUGCUCACUGCCUCUUUUAAAGCAGAGGUCCACCAAAAAAAAAAAAAGCC